UUACAGUCAUCUCCUAGCCUUGCACCAAUUUAUAAAAUUUUUAAACGCAAGAACAAACCCUUGUAGGGACUCGAAACAAUUUAAACCAUCCAAAACCAAUUUUCUGAAAAUUCCCAGCAGCUUUAGUGACCACCCAAACCCUGUCACUAAAGGCCUGAUCGCCUGUUGCUAAAACCACAAAAUUGCACCCUCAAGAAAAACACCAAAUCGAUCGAUCUAACUCAAAUGGAUCGAGUUCCCUUACCUCCAGAACGUGCCUAGACCUAGAUUUGACGACCCGGAACGUUGAUCUCCUCGCUGAUCACACCUUCAACGCCACCGCUAAAAAAAAUCCGAGCUUCGAAUUAGUCUAACGAUAAAUCGCGUUUAGAAAUCGCGAAGGGGUUUGUGAUCCUUACCUAGAAACAUGAGAGGGAUGGGAUUAGGAUUGGGAUCGGGAUCGGCUGCCGGCUUCUUCUUCCUUCCAACUAGUGCGGCUGGGACUUGCGGCGGUUUCUCUUUUUCCCCGGGCAAUUAUUGGAGAGGGCGGCGGUUGAUUGGGGAAAGGAGAAACGAGAGAGUUGGCUAAAAGCUCUCUGGGAAUAAAGUUGGGGAAAGGAAUAUGAAGAGGGUCGGGGGAAUUUGGGAAUUAGGCUGGCGGUAGGGUUUGGGGAAAUAAAAGGGGGUCGGGUCUUCAACUGUUGCUGGGGGAAAGCUGGCGGGUUUUGGGGUUAAUUUUUUUUUUUUUAAAUAAUAAAAUAGUAAUAAUAAUAAUAAUUAUUGUUAUUAUUAUUACUAAACCGCGAUUGCAAUUUUUAGUACGCAACUGACAACCCAACCGGUCCCGUAUUAUGGUCGAACUAUAACCCGAAAUUCGGGGUGUUACAAUAUUUGUUGUUGCUAAGGGUCACAGGGUCAAAACGUGACUUAUCCCUAAGUUGUCAUGUCAGGAAACUGGUAGGAAAGAAUUGAUUGAAGGCGUGAUUAAUCACUCUCCUUAGAGUGUUAUUUGCCCCCAUUACAAAUUGCUGGUAGGCUCGAGCAAACCACCCCCAGGAGUCCCUUCAAUUUUAAGUCUGGAAGCAGCAAUCUUGCAGACUUCUGUGUUUAUGAAAUUGAGAAGGAAAACGGGAAGAAGAAGUAUCUCUCAUCAUCAAAAGAGUUAUGGCAGUCAUCCAUUUAUAGUUGUGAAAAUUGGAAGUUACCUUCCGAAGAGUCACAUCCUUUCACAUAAAAGGCAGUUACCUUUAUGGAAGGACACAUCCUUUCACAGAAAAGAGGGAGUUACCUUUCUGGAAGAGCACUUCUUUUCACAAUAUUCAAACGUUAAUUAAUUAAUUAAUAUAAAAUUAAUUAAUGCCAAAAGACUCCAUCUUUAUAAUUUACUUCUCCCAUCAAUUUCUUAUUACAACUCUAUUGACUAACUCUAACAAUCUCCCACUUAGUCAACAAGAGUUGAGAAUACCUGCCUCGAACAAGUAACGCAUGUUGACAGGAGCAGCUUGAAGGCCAAGACAAAGAAUCAAAUCACAGCUGGAAUUAAGGUGGCUGCCCAAAAAACAGUUGAGGCAAGUUUUCGGGUCAAAAGAAGAAAGAAUAAGAACUUGCCAUAGUUGAAGAUUUCAAGGGAAUUCAAAUUCUCAACAGCUACAUUGUUGCCUAUAAAAGGCGAUUAGAAGGAAGAGCAAAACCAACCUUUCAAGAGAUCAAAAACUAGCUAAGUCAAAAGGGGAUUUUGUGAGUAUAGCUAGAGUGAUAGGAAAGGGGUUCUCAAAGGGUUCGGGGAGAAUCGCUUUGAGGGUUAGUGUUGGGGAAACACUGGUUUCGAGUUGCUGGGGAAGCAAUUCGGGUUUGAGAAAAGAGAGUUAGAUCAAUCGGGUAGAGAUUGAUCAAAGGGCUCUUGGUAGAUUGCUUGUAACGAAGAACUUCAACGUCAUAUCAUAGUGAAUCGUCAGAGAUCACUCGAUCGUGAUUCUCUGACCGUGGAGUAGUCAGUAUUGGGAUCCUCAUUCUCCCAAUACUGGAAACCACGUAAAAAUCGCCUGGUGUGUUUUUUAUUCUGUUUCUCUGUUUGUGUUCUGUGAAUGCUCUGUUAGUGCUUCUGUGCAGGCUGUGGUUAAAGGGAUCUUGAUCAGAACUGAGUGGAAAGGAGGCCCUGACCGAAGAGUUAUUUCAUCCGUUUAUAUUUCCUGGGUUUGAUUUAAUUUUCUGGGUUAAAGCUGCUGUGAGUUUCAUGUUCAUGUUUUGUUCUUCACACUAACUGAUGCAGGACUAAGUUUGGAUCGAGGAUCCUAGUGGGAAACAAGUCUGGGUGUGAAUUGAAACUCGGUCGUUUCACUCGUCUGAGCUGCUUGGGCUGAAAUUUGCUUUCUGGUUUAUUUAUCUCAUUAUCCUAACCGAAAGCUACUGGGCUUUGAAGCCCAACCGAGAGUAAAGAGGUUUAGCAUAUAUAGGGAAGUUUAAGUGAGUGGGUUUAGAAACCUGAUCCGAUUACUUUGCUAGGCUUAAGUGAGUGGGUUUUGUUCCUGUAUUAAGUUUAAGUGUAGUCAUUAAACGUUGGAUUACUCUAAGGUGAUUGACUAGUGAUUAAAGCUUCGUCCUAGGAAUUAGCUAGCUGUCACAUUAAGUUAAAUUAAUUUUAGUUAGUCAUUUAAGUUUAAUUGGGUAAAACAAUAGAAUUGAGAUUUUUGUGGUUAAGUUGUCUAAAGACAGGUAUACAGUCUCGCGCUCAACGCAACCAACAACGCAUACAUAAAUGUAUCUUUUCGAUUUGACUCUUAGGGACGGAACGGGUCUGGACGGAUCGGUGGGUCUUCCGGGUCAAACUUUCACCCCUAUCAAUGGGGUACUGAUUGAAUCGCCAAUCGACAUAUAUGGUUGACAUUAAUUAAGGAUUAUUGACAUCUCAUUUAGAAGCAAAAUAAGUUAAAAAAUAUAAAAGAUCUUCGGGAUUGAAAUGGUCAAAUUCCCCAACAUUCUUUUCGAAAAAUCACCAACCGUUGUUACCCAUUACUUGUCUUAUCCUAAUCAACAACUUCAGCUUGUUGAUAGAUUUGUGGAGCAGAUUCUAUCUACGUAGGAAUAUGUCACACACACCACAACAACCUCACUCCCAUACUUAAUUUAACUACCUAUAAAUACUACUUCUACCUUAAAUGCCUCUCAUGAUCAUCAAAGAAACAUAGAAACCAACGAUAAUGCCGCAAAAUCAUGUCAUUUUAGUUGUCCUCAUCUUAUUGUCAACACUAACUACUUGUCUUGUUGAGGCAAAAUGGGAUCCUAUUAAUUGGUUUCGUCGCCCGACGAUAGUACGGAUGGAGAACAGGGUGGAAGGAGGUAAAGAAUUGAUAAUUCAUUGCAAAUCAAAAGACGACGACCUUGGUGUAUAUACACUGAAGACACUUGAUGAUUUCAUUUUUAAGUUUCGUCCAAACAUUUGGGGAACCACUUUGUUCUACUGCUCGAUGGACUGGGGAGAAGGACAAAUCCAUUGGUUUGACAUUUACAUAUUUGAUAGGGAUUACAGACGUUGCACCAAUUGUCAAUGGAUUAUCAAGAAGAGUGGUCCAUGUUUUUACGAUGCAGGCGCUCAUAAGUAUGAUUUUUGUUAUCAGUGGAAUCAUUAGCCGCUACCAAAAUAGAUAACAGUGUUAGUUUCACCAAUAAUUGCUUUGAGCAAUUCCUCAAAUAUUAGGGAUAACAAUUUUCUUUGAGUUGGGGAGUGUUUAUGGAUGGUUGAAUACUUUUCACUUAACAAUCUCAUAAUUUGGGUUUUUUUUAUGACACAUCUUAUUGCACUUUUUAAAUUGUGAAUUUUUUUUCCCCUCUCUACAAUGUUAAACGCCGCUCUAAUUGUUUUAAUUGGCAAAUGCAAACAUUUGCCCAUAUGCCUUUUGAAACAAGGCUCUAUCAAUUGAUAGCAAAGAUACUGGUUCAUGAAGAUUGGAAUAAGUAAAUGACACGUCAAUUGCCAAAAAAUUAGAAGUAAAAAAUGUAACGGAAAACAACUUUGGGAUUGGAAUGGUCAAAUUUACGAAUCAUAAAAAAAUUCAAAGUAAAAAAUGAAACGAAAAAUAGUUUUUGGGAUUGGAAUGAUCAUGACUGAACAUGAACUUCUAUUAUCCAUGAGUUGCCUUAUCCUAAUCAAUAAAUUCCGAUUGUUCAUACAUCUAUGGAGCAAAUUCUAUCUAUGUAGAAAUAUGUCACACACCACAACAACUUCACUCACAUGCAUAAUCUCCUACCUAUAAAUACUGCGCCUGUUUUAAAUGUCUCUCAUGGUCAUCGAAUAAUUAAGAUAGUGCCGCAAAUAACAAAAAUAAAUUUGUUGUCCUUCUUCAUUCAAAAUGUUAUUAAUUUGAUCCAAACAGCACUUCACGUCAUCAAAAAUAUUGUUAAAUAACUCACUUAACUCAACCAUCCAAACCACCCAAACUAUAAACUCACCCCUAUAAAAAUAAGCCCAAUACCCUUAUAACCUCACACUAUUAAAAUAACCCAACAGUUUAGUAUUUGUUUAUUCUAUGAUAAAUAAAUUAUACAUGGAUAAAAAAGCAACCUAAUUUAAAUGAUUUGGUGUUCAGGAGGUCAAAGUUUUUUACUCUGUUACCACCAAAAGCUAUGAAAACUAAUCAAAAUUAUAAAAAAGCUAUUUUAAUAUUAUAAUAACUACAAUUUCUAAAAUGAGUAAAGUCUCUUAAAAUAAUAUCCAAGACAAAAAAGAAUUUUGACCGUUAAAGGCCUUCCCAUUUGUGACAAAAAAGACCCUUUUAUCAAUGGCUCGACCUAUGGUUGUUGUCGCCCUCUUUUAUUAUAUGCCUUGUAACGGUUGUUUGAAAAGGCUUUCGAUUUGUAUCUAAUUGUUUCCCCAUGGGAUAUCUAAGACAAAAAAGGACUUCCACUCAUGAGAUGAGUCAAAUUGGUUAAGUUAUUUUGAAAUUUUGGAUAUGAUAUGAAUGUUUAAAGUUUCAUACCAAAGAGGUCCAUUAUAUAAAUUCAUGCAUAACUAUGGUAUUAACUCAUUUAAUAAAUAGUUAGUUGUUAUUGGCUCUUUACAAGGUAAAAACACUCUCUUAAUUUAGAACAAUUAAGGAGUUAUUCAACCGCGUCUUUAGGACAAAACCUACAAUUGGAAUAAUCUUUAACUUCGGAA